AUGGGUUCAAAAAUUGCAGACAAUCCCAUCAGCAAACUGGGAGACGAUCUCCUCGAAGAGAUUCUUAUUCGUCUCCCCAACCCUAAAUUCUCCUCCCGAUGCAGACCGGUAUGCAAGCGGUGGAACUCCAUGAUCUCCAAUCCCACCUUCAAUCGCCGUUUCGUCUCCCACCACCGGAGCAAGAACGAAACCGGAGGCGAACCGCCUCUGCUCUUUCCCUCCGACGACCACCCCCUGUCAUCGAUCCUGAGCUUCCUCCCCGUGCCUGGAGAAAUUCGAUCCAAAUUCAGAGUUUGGGAUUCCUUCAAGGACUUAGUUCUAUGUGGAUUUAAUGGGCGGCAGUGGGACACCGAUCCCGAACUGGGCAGGCUGUUCUUGAUUUGCAAUCCGUUCACAAAGCAAUGGGUCGCCCUUCCUUUAGCGCUUGAAACGAAGAGCAGGUCGUGUGAAACAACGGAAGCGAAAUUGGUCUGUCAAGAAGCCCCUAAGGCUAAUAGUACCUUGGAUCUGGGUGAUGGCCAAGUGUUUGUCUAUUCCGACUAUCAAUUCCGCGUUCUGGUUCGACAUUCAGAGAUGGGAUAUUGUUCGGAACUACAAGUGUUCUGUUCCGAGUCCUGUAAAUGGUCGAGGAGAAAGGAUCCUUGUCCGCAUUCUCAUACAGUGUCUUUGAACGGGAAGGAGUAUUGGAUUAUUCGCAAAACAAACGAAGCAACCUUAGUAAGGUUUGAUCCCUUCCGCCUAAAUGUAUGUCAAACCACGGUUGAUGAUGAUAUCUACUUCUUUCGGAGAGCUGGUGGUGGUCUUCUUGAUCAUUUCUCAACCUCACGUGGUGCACUGUACGUAUCUACGUGCAACUACCCGAAUGUCUUGACAAUUCGGAGGUGGGAAGAAGGCAGUUGGACAUGGACGACAUGUUAUGAAACGCGGUUGGAGACGCUAAAACGUAACAGUGGUCCCGAAGUCGGUGGCUUGAAAGUUGCAUCUCUGCUCGCUCAGCAUCCAGAGAAGCCCGAAGUUUUGUUCUUGCAAUGCCACUGUGAUAAGAUUAUGACAUCUGUUUAUUCGUGCAAUUUAAGGACGGAAAAGUUAGAGCUUGUCGCCGACCAAAUGACAUAUGGUGCUUUUGGUCGUUGGAAGGUUUUCCAGCCUAGAACCAUUUGCUUCUCUACACCAAUUCCUAGCUAUCAGAAUUUGCUGGGUAUGUAUAGCGGAAGCUACAAUGAUUUGGUUCAAAGUAGAAAAUCCAUUUAA